AUGAUAAGAAGUCCGUAAAUACCAUCACAUCAUUCUGUGGAACGCUCCACGUGUCCUUCAUCACUCCUAGCUUCCCAACAGAUGGCACACAUCCAUUUGUCAUUCAGAUGAGACCAGACCUCAAAGGAGCACUUCUCAGCUUGAUUGAAUACUACCAGUGGGACAAGUUUGCAUAUCUAUAUGACAGUGACAGAGGCUUAUCAACACUGCAAGCUGUGCUGGAUUCCGCUGCCGAAAAGAAGUGGCAAGUGACUGCUAUCAAUGUGGGGAACAUUAACAAUGACAAAAAAGAUGAGACCUACCGAUCCCUUUUUCAAGAUCUGGAAUUAAAAAAGGAACGGCGUGUAAUCCUGGACUGUGAACGGGAUAAAGUCAACGACAUUGUCGAUCAGGUGAUUACCAUUGGAAAACAUGUUAAAGGGUAUCAUUACAUCAUCGCAAAUCUGGGAUUUACUGAUGGGGACCUCUUGAAAAUCCAGUUUGGAGGCGCAAAUGUGUCUGGAUUUCAGAUAGUGGACUAUGAUGAUUCCCUAGUAUCAAAAUUUAUAGAAAGGUGGUCAACACUAGAAGAGAAAGAAUACCCUGGAGCCCACACAACUACAAUUAAGUAUACUUCUGCUCUGACCUAUGACGCUGUUCAAGUGAUGACUGAAGCCUUCCGCAACCUUCGGAAGCAGAGAAUCGAAAUCUCCCGAAGGGGAAAUGCAGGAGACUGUCUGGCAAACCCAGCAGUGCCCUGGGGACAAGGUGUAGAAAUAGAAAGGGCCCUCAAACAGGUACAGGUGGAAGGUCUUUCAGGAAAUAUAAAGUUUGACCAGAAUGGAAAGAGAAUAAACUAUACAAUCAACAUCAUGGAGCUCAAAACAAAUGGACCUCGAAAGAUUGGCUACUGGAGUGAAAUGGAUAAAAUGGUUGUUACCCUUACUGAACUACCUUCUGGCAAUGAUACCUCUGGGCUCGAGAAUAAGACUGUUGUUGUCACUACAAUUUUGGAAUCUCCAUACGUUAUGAUGAAGAAAAACCAUGAAAUGCUUGAAGGGAAUGAACGCUAUGAAGGCUACUGUGUUGAUUUGGCUGCAGAAAUUGCCAAACAUUGUGGGUUCAAGUACAAGUUGACAAUUGUUGGGGAUGGCAAGUAUGGGGCCAGGGAUGCAGACACGAAAAUUUGGAAUGGGAUGGUUGGAGAACUUGUAUAUGGGAAAGCUGACAUUGCAAUUGCUCCAUUAACUAUUACUCUUGUGAGAGAAGAGGUGAUUGACUUCUCAAAGCCCUUCAUGAGCCUCGGGAUAUCUAUCAUGAUCAAGAAGCCUCAGAAGUCCAAACCGGGAGUGUUUUCAUUUCUUGAUCCUUUAGCCUAUGAGAUCUGGAUGUGCAUUGUUUUUGCCUACAUUGGGGUCAGUGUAGUUUUAUUCCUGGUGAGCAGAUUUAGCCCCUACGAGUGGCACACUGAGGAGUUUGAAGAUGGAAGAGAAACACAAAGUAGUGAAUCAACUAAUGAAUUUGGGAUUUUUAAUAGUCUCUGGUUUUCCUUGGGUGCCUUUAUGCAGCAAGGAUGCGAUAUUUCGCCAAGAUCCCUCUCUGGGCGCAUUGUUGGAGGUGUGUGGUGGUUCUUUACCCUGAUCAUCAUCUCCUCCUACACGGCUAACUUAGCUGCCUUCCUGACUGUAGAGAGGAUGGUGUCUCCCAUCGAAAGUGCCGAGGAUCUUUCUAAGCAAACGGAAAUUGCUUAUGGAACAUUAGACUCUGGCUCCACUAAAGAGUUUUUCAGGAGAUCUAAAAUUGCAGUGUUUGAUAAAAUGUGGACCUACAUGAGAAGUGCAGAGCCCUCUGUGUUUGUGAGGACUACAGCCGAAGGAGUAGCUAGAGUUCGAAAGUCCAAAGGAAAAUAUGCCUACCUGCUGGAGUCCACGAUGAAUGAAUACAUCGAGCAAAGGAAGCCUUGCGACACCAUGAAAGUUGGUGGAAAUCUGGAUUCCAAAGGCUAUGGCAUUGCAACACCUAAAGGAUCCUCAUUAAGAACCCCAGUAAAUCUUGCAGUAUUGAAACUCAGUGAGCAAGGCGUCUUAGACAAGCUGAAAAACAAAUGGUGGUACGAUAAAGGUGAAUGUGGAGCCAAGGACUCUGGAAGUAAGGAAAAGACCAGUGCCCUCAGUCUGAGCAACGUUGCUGGCGUGUUCUACAUCCUUGUCGGGGGCCUUGGUUUGGCAAUGCUGGUGGCUUUGAUUGAGUUCUGUUACAAGUCAAGGGCCGAGGCGAAACGAAUGAAGGUUGCAAAGAAUGCACAGAAUAUUAACCCAUCUUCCUCGCAGAAUUCACAGAAUUUUGCAACUUAUAAGGAAGGUUACAACGUAUAUGGCAUCGAAAGUGUUAAAAUUUAGGGGAUGACCUUGAACGAUGCCAUGAGGAACAAGGCAAGGCUGUCAAUUACAGGAAGUACUGGAGAAAAUGGACGUAUUAUGACUCCAGAAUUUCCAAAAGCAGUGCAUGCUGUCCCUUACGUGAGUCCUGGC